AGGUGAUAAACUGCCCUCUUUGAAGAAUAUCUUAGAACACUGUCAGUUAGCCCAGAAAGAUUUGAAGUCCAACAGCUCCAACGGAUCGGGAACUUGAUACGGUUCUGAAGCAGAGAGUCGUGUUUAGUGAUCCAGACAACAGCAUGGACCUUGGGGACAAUUCAAUCCCUGACUGGAUCAACCCUAUGAACUUUCCUGCAAAACUAUGGCGUUUGGUGAACAACCCGCUAAAUGAAGGCAUCUGCUGGGACAGUCACGGCGAGGUCAUCCUUGUUGAUCAACAACUCUUUGAGAAAAAGAUCCUGUCUCCUGGAGCCAACACCUCACCUGACGCCUUCAAAACAACCAACUUCUCAAGCUUUGUCCGUCAGCUUAAUCUGUAUGGCUUCAAGAAAGUCGAUCAACCUAUUAAACAGACUGGAUGCAUGGCCGGAUAUCAUCAAUUUAUAAACCCAAACUUCAAGCGAGACAAGCCUGCAUUUGUUGCAAAUCUGAGGAGACUUACUGCUGACAACAAGGCCAAGAUCAAAGCUGGUCUGGACGUGAGAAGUCGUCCCCUGAGUCGAUAUGUACGAUUCAAUGGGGGUAGUUUUGGCAUAGAUUACGACUUAAAAAGAGGCAAUUCUUCGCUGACUAGCCAUAGCCCCCGACAACAGGAGUCCCAUAUUCCUUAUCUUUCAAAAAAAGCUCAGGGCAUGACAUCGCACAAUGGAACCCCAGUUCCCCCGCGAUUCCUGAUGAGGGGUCAUGGUGCGGCUCUUUCGCCUAUGAUCUUCGCUGCAGACAAAGGGAUACCAGUCUCCUUAAGCCACCUCUACCCUGGACUCGCCACAGGCUCCAAUCCUGUGCACCUUCAGCAGAGUUUACUGGCCCGUGCAAACCAUGGAAAUUCCAAUUUUCCUUUUACUGGUUCUAAUGCACAAUGUCAGCCGGGCUACUUGGCCGCAGCCUACCAGUGCUGCCACCCAAACAUUGUGGCUUCGCAUAUGGCAUGUGGUGGACUUCAGCCAGGGCCCAUCUCUCCCCACAGAUAUUACCAGGCAAGCUAUCCCGUGAACAUGUGUCCAUAUUUGGACCCCCACCGGGACUCAAAGACCAAGGAACACCAUGAGUUGAAAAAAUGUGACAUCAACUUGGACACAAUCUUCCAGAUUGCCGAUGAGGUGAUGCAAACUCCACCCAGUAGUGGCCUGAUAAGAGUUGUGACCCCAGAGAAGCCAGGCCCUGUGUUAGUGCCGGUCUCCAAUACCAGCAUGAUGGGAGACAACCUAACCAGCCCCAUGAAAGCUAACCCUUUGAACCCUGGACCCAUCAUAAUGGCUGUGUCAGCCAAGUAUGGUCUGAUUAAUUACAAACAAGAAGAGAAGUCUGUGAUUUCAGUACCUGAGAAAAUGCCUGAAGAUGACAUAUUUGAGGACACUGAGCUUAUAGAUGUUGAGGAAAGUUCGCCGCUAAAGAAAACUAAUCAGGCCAACGAUGCCAACAACAGCAAGGAGUAUACCAACUCUUUAGAUCUCAACUUGCUGAUCUGAUUGAAAUGUGAAAGGGAG